AUGUCGAAAGUCCAUGUUUUCAUCGUUGGUGCCACUGGGCGGACUGGAGGACCAAUCGCAAGGGCAAUCCUCCAGGAGUCCAACAAAUUCCGUCUAUCUAUCCUGGUCCGAGAAGCAUCCAAGGAUAAACCAGCCAUUAAGGAGCUCACCGACGCCGGCGCUGAGGUCAUGGUGGGCGAUAUCUCUGAUCCUGCGGAGAAGCUGGAGUCCUACCUGAAGGGCGUGGAUGUGUUGAUUUCUACGGUGCUGGUGAUGGUGGAUCAGAAGCCGCUGUUGCUGGCAGCAAAGAAUGCUGGGGUUGGACGUGUGAUUCCAUCUGACUUUGCCUCGACCGCGCCAAAGGGGGCGAUGUUUAUGCAUGACAUCAAACUCGGGAUCCGUGACUACAUCAAAGAGCUCGGCCUUGGGUAUACCUUCAUCGAAGUCGGGACCUGGCUUCACGUCAUGUUCCCGCCUCUGCACUCUGCAACGGACACUCUUCUGACGCACAAGAGCUACCCGGGGGACAAGAAGCAGAAAACAAUCUACUCGACGAUGCCGACCAUCGGAAAGCUCGUCGCGCGCAUCAUCGCCGAUCCACGAACACUCAACCAGGCGGUCGUAGCGUAUGACGGGGAGAUCAGCCUGGGUGAAAUAUGGGCAAUUGCCGAAAGGAUCACUGGGGAGGACUUCUCUGAUUACUACCACGUGAGUACCUUCAUUCCCGACGAGGAGCUGGAGAAAGGGACGCAGCAGAUGCAGAACGUGGUGAAGCGGAUCGUAGCGGAUUAUUUCAAGAGUUUGUAUAUUCGCGGGGACAACACGCUAGCGAACGCUGAAGCGAUGGGGCGCCUCGAUGCGAGAAAGCUUUACGACGACGUCCCAUGUGCUGAUGUGGAGGAAGAGGCGAAGAAACACUACGCGUCGGGAGCUGUCCCCGCGUCCACUAGUUUGCCAGGCGCAGCCGUGCUGGAUGUCUUUAAGAAGGCAGAGUAG